AUGGAUGUCUUAGAGAAGUGUCCAGCUGCCGGUGUCCCGAGCAAAAGGCGCCGUGCGCGAAUGAUCACCGAAGCCCGAAGACAACAAAAUCGGGCCGCACAGAAAGCGUACCGCGAGAGAAACAAAGAACGCCGAGAGUAUUUGCAGCGCAGACAGAAAGGCUUUUCCGGGGGCCGUCGUGAAUUAAGGCCCAAUGUCCUAUUUGUGGCCGAUGAGAAUGGUUCUUGGUCCUAUCCCGCAGCGGCCCCAGAGAGCCAAAGAGCACAGCUACCGCAGAGCACUGCUGGUCCGGAACUCGAGCUGAAUUCCCAGCAAAAUCAUUGCCUACAACCGUCCUUCAUUGCUGGCGGCGUAUCAGACCCUGUUCCCAUCGCCCUCAGCUCUUUACUUCGAGAUGACGUCGAGCUUUCGAUGCAACCGGAACCCUCUUUGACCCAAUUUAACUCGAUGGGGCCUUCUCCCGUCCUAAAUGGGACAGCCUUGAUUGACCCAGCUCUUCAGCAAAGGAGAGAAUUCUCAUGGGCUUCGUCAAUUCCUUUCUUUUUGCCCUGGCAAUUCCCGGCACCUCCACCACAGAUUGGAGCUUCUCGAACGACAAGCGGCACGAAGGAUCGCCUCAGCGGUCUGAUCGACGUUCUGGAAGAUCGAGGUCUGCGAAUUGAAGAGGUUAUAUCAAUAGGGCUAGAGUCUCUCUCCAGACGCUGGUUCCAAAGGCGUCCGCUGGAAACCCCCACACUUUUUUCUCCUCCCGAUCCAUACCUGAACAGCAUUCAGUUUUCUCGCACGACAACAUUCUUGGGGCUUCUCUGCAAUGCACGUUGCAUAGGAAUAAGCCUCCAAGAUCUCCUCACACCUCAGCAUCCCUCCCCAUUCUACGACCCUGCCAAGGCAAACGCCCCUCCUCAAGUUCUCCUAGCCACGGCUACUAAACCAUCAAUACCUGUAGAUCUCAGGCCAACGCUGCCUCAGGUGAUAUUUCCACACCCCGCAUACCUCGACCUCUUACCAUUCCCCGGGCUACGUGCGCGGGCAAUUACCCUGGCAGCAACUAUGCCUCAUGUCUUCAAUCCGCUAGAUCUGAAAUGGGACUUUCUCGAGGACGGACUGAUCUGCUGGCGCAGCAGGACUUGCGGCGGCGGUGAGCCCGGCCAGCCUUGGGAUAUGCGGAGUUGGGAGGCCGCACCUUGGUUUCUCCAAAAAUGGUCCAUGUUAAUAAAAGGCGGGAAUGGAGAGAUUUAG